AUGAAACCUAAGAAAAUUACGGAAUUAAAGAAAAUAAAAAAAAAAAAAAAAAAAAAUAUAAUUGACGAAUAUUCAAAAGAAUUUUAUAAAAAUAGUGAAAAUAAUAUUAUAAAAAAAAAUAAUACUGAAAAGAUGGAUACAGAAAAUAAGAAAUUUUCAAGAAGUGCAGAAAUACAUGAAACAUAUGUGAAAAAUUCAACAAUUAAAAAAAAACAUUUAGAAAACAAUUUAAGAAAUCUAGAAAAAUUAAAAAUUCUAAAUGAAAAUCAAAAUGAAGAAAAUGAUAAUAUUAGUAUAGAUAUUAACAAAAUAAAAGAAAUUAAAAAUUUUUUUAGCAAAAAGAAUGAUAUAAAUAAAAAUAAAAAAAGAAAAAAUUCACAGGAAAUCAUUUCACUCAAAUUCAAUGAAUUCAAAGUGGAUAAGAAAAAUUUAUAUGAAUAUAAAAAAAAUAAUAAUGAAAAUGAUAUAAAAACUAGAAAUUCAUCAAAAAAUAUUCUGAAAAAACAAGUAAUAGAAAAUGUUGAAAAGGAAAAUAAAAUGUUGCAUAAAUUUUUGAUAGAAAAAAAUAUUAUAGAGGAGAAAUUUUCAAAUAGUUUGGUAAAAAUUAAUAAUGAAAAAUUAACUAAUGAUGAAAAAAAAAUAAAAAAUGAUAUGUUCAUUAAAAUGAAUGAAAAUGAAAAAUCAAAAAAAACAAAAGAUAAUAUUAUUAAAAAAAAGAGAAAUAAAAAAUUAAAAUUAACAGAAAUAAAAAAGUAUAUCGAUGAAAAAAAAAAAGAAAAAAAUAUAAAUGAAGAUGAAAUAUAUAAAAACAUUGAUAAAAUAAGUGAAAAUGUGAAAAGUAAAAUGGAAAUAAAUAAAUUAAAUAAAAUAAAAUUUAAUUAUGAUAUUGAAAAAAAAAAAAGAAAUGACAAAAGUAGAAAAAAACUAACUGAUAAAUAUGCUGAUUUAAGAAAUGAAAACAAGAACUUGUAUGAAAAAGAUAUAGAAGAAAAAAAAAAAAAAAAGGAGAAUUUACUAGAUAAAAAAAAUGAUGAAACUAAUAAUAUAAAAAUUAAUAAAAUUUUCAAAUCUUUAAGAAAACAAAUUAAAAGUAAAAAUAAAAAAUUCAACUUGGGUGAAAAUACAAAAAUGAAAAAUACAAAAAAAAAUAAUAAUAAUGAUAAUAAUAGUAAUAAUAACAGUGGAGAAAUAAACUUAAAUAUAAUUAAACCAAUUUUAGAUAGUAAUGAAAAUGAAUUGCAUUUGAUAAAUAAAAAUGAUAUUGAGAUAAAAAAUAAUUUAAAUGCAAAAAAGAAUGAAUUAUUAAAUUUGAAAGACUUUUUAAGAGAGAAAAAUAAAAUUGAUGAAAGAGAAGAUAAAAAAGAGAAAAUUAUCGAAAGGCGAAAACAAUAUCAAUUAAAAAUAGAUGAUGAAGAAGAAAAUAAUGAAACAGAAAAUAAUGAAUUAGAUAUGUUAUAUAAAAAAAUUAAUAAAAAGAAAAUAAAAAAAGAAAACGAGGAAUCCUUUAAAUAUGAAAAAGAUAAUAAAAUCGUUAAAUUAAUUUCUAUUUCUAAAGAUAUUUCAAAAAAUAAUAUAAUUUUGAACAAUGAUUUACAGAAAUAUAAAAAUUUUGAUAAAAAAAUAAAAAGCAAAGCAGAAAAGUUAAAAAAAUCUAAUAAAAAUAAGAAUAAACAAAAAGUAAUUAAUUUAAAUUUAGGAAAUUUGUAUAUAAAUGAUAUUGAGCAAACAGACAAUAUUGAGAAGAAAAAUGAGAAAAAAAAAAUUAUAAAAGAAAGUAAGGAAAAUGAAAAAGAAGAAGAAAUAAAUGCGAAAUUAAAAAAGAAGAAAGAAAUUAUUAAAAAAAAAAAUACACAUAAAGAAACCAAUGAAAAAAUUAAGAAAAAGGGUAGUAAAGAAGAGGAAAAUGAAAAAAAAAGUAUUAUUAAUCAAGUUAAAAAUAAUUUUAAAGAAAUAAAUACAAGAAAUAAGAAAAAGCAAAGAUUACAAGAAAAUUAUGUUCAAAAUGUAAAUAAAAGAGCAAAAAAAAAUAGUAACAUUUUAAAUAAAAAUAAUUCUUUAAUUGAAAAUAUACAAAAUUUAAUUUCUAAAAGUGAAAAUAAUAUAUUAACAUUUGUUUCGUUAGAAAAUGAAACAAAAAAAUAUAACGGGAAUAUUAAAAACAUUAGUAAAAUAAAAGAAAUAAUUAAUGCUAAAUCGUCAAAGAAAGAAGUAAAAAAGAUAAAUUUAAGAAGUAAAAAUAUUAAUAAAAAAGAAAAAGAAAAAGAAAAAGAGAAAGAAAUAGAAAAGAGAAAUAGAAAACCAACAGAAAAAGAGAAGGAAAAAAAAAAAGAACAAUAUGUAAAAAUAGAUUCACAAAAAAAAAGAAAACUAAAUGAAAAAAGAAAUUCCUUUUCAGAAAAAUCAAAAAAAAAUACAAAUGUGACUCAAAAAGAAAUUAAUGAGGGACAAGAUGAAGGAAAAACUAUACAUAAGCAAUUGAAAACAAAAAGGGAGAUAGAACGAGAGAAAAGAAAAGAAGCAGAUAAAUUAAAGGAUCAAGAAAAAGACAAAGAAAGAGUAACAGAAAAAAAAAAGAAAAAAAAUGAAAAGGAAAAUCAAGUGGAAUUUGAACAAGAAGUUAAAAGAGAGAAGGAGAUAGAACAAAAAGAAAAAGAAGAUGAAAAAAAGAAGGAAGAAAAAGAAAAGUUAAAAGAGGGAGAAAAGGAAGAACAAGAGAGAGAAGAAGAAAAAGAAUUUGAAGAAAUACAACAAGAAAAAAAAAAAAUAAAGCAAGAAAAACAGGAUGAAGAAAAAAAUAUUAAAAAAAAUCAAACAGAAAAAAAAAAGAAACAAAAAAAAAACAAAAAAGUAAUAAGAAGAAGAGAAAUAAAAAAAGAAAUGGAAAAAAAGGGAGAUGAUGAAAAAGAAGAGGAAGAAGAAAAUGAAGAAGUAAAAGGAAAAGAUAAAGAAAAUGAAAAAGUAAAAGGAAAAGAUAAAGAAAAUGAAAAAGUAAAAGGAAAAAAUAAAGAAAAUGAAAUAGUAAAAGGAAAAGAUGAAGAAAAGGAUGAAAAAGAAGAUGAAGUGAAAGAAAAAGAUGAAGAAGAAGAAGAAGAUCAAGUAAAAGGAAAAGAUGAAGAAGAAGAGGAUGAAAAAGAAGAAGAAAUAAAAGAAAAAGAAAAAAAAAAAGGUGAUGAUGAAGAUGAGAGUGAAAAGGAUGAAGAGGAAGAAGAAACAGAUGAAGUAAAAGGAACAAACGAAGAAGAAAUACAAGAAAAAGAUGAAGUAGAAAAGGAAAUACAGGAAAAAGAUGAAGAAGAAUAUGAAGAAAAGAAUGAAAAAGAUGAGGUAGAAAAGGAAAUACAAGAAAAAGAUGAAGAAGAUGAAGUAGAAAAGGAAAUCAAAGAAAAAGAUGAAGAAGAUGAAGUAGAAAAGGAAAUAGAAGAAAAAGAUAAAGAAGAAUAUGAAGAAAAGAAUGAAAAAGAUGAGGUAGAAAAGGAAAUAGAAGAAAAAGAUGAAGAAGAAUAUGAAGAAAAGAAUGAAGAUGAAGUAGAAAAGGAAAUAGAAGAAAAAGAUAAAGAAGAAUAUGAAGAAAAGAAUGAAAAAGAUGAGGUAGAAAAGGAAAUAGAAGAAAAAGAUGAAGAAGAAUAUGAAGAAAAGAAUGAAAAAGAUGAGGUAGAAAAGGAAAUAGAAGAAAAAGAUGAAGAAGAAUAUGAAGAAAAAAAUGAAAAAGAUGAAAUAGAAAAGGAAAUACAAGAAAGAGAUGAAGAAGAAUAUGAAGAAAAGAAUGAAACAGAUGAAGUAAAAGGAACAGAUGAAAAAGAAGAAGAAUUAAAAGAAAAAGAUGAAAAUGAAGAAGAGGAUGCCAAUGUAGAAAGAAUAAAAGAAAAAGAAAAAGAUGAAGAGGGAGAAGAAGAGGAUGAAAAAGAAGAAGAUGAAGAGGAGGAAGAAGAGGAUGAAAAAGAAGAAGAAAUAAAAGAAAAAGAUGAAGAGGAAGAAGAAGAAGAAGAGGAUGAAAAAGAAAAAAAUGAAGAGGAAGAAGAAGAGGAUGAAAAAGAAGAAGAAAUAAAAGAAAAAGAUGAAGAGGAAGAAGAAGAAGAAGAAGAGGAUGGAAAAGAAAAAGAUGAAGAGGAAGAAGAAGAUGAAGUAAAAGGAAAAGAUGAAGAAGAGGAAGAAGAAGAAGAAGAAGAAGAGGAUGAAAAAGAGGAAGAAAUAAAAGAAAAAGAUAUGGAUGAAAAAAAGGAAAGAGUAGAUGAAGAAAUAAAAGAGAAAGAUCAAGAGGAUGAAAAAGAAGAAAUAAAUGAAAAAAAAAAAGAUGAAGAAGAUGAGGAAGAGGAAGAAAAUAUAGAAGAAGAAACAGAAACUGAAACAGAAACGGAAACUGAAACGGAAACUGAAACAGAAACAGAAACCGAAACAGAAGAUGAUGAAGAAACAGAAAAAAAUGAAAUUGAGCAUAAAAAAAGAAAAGAAAAAAGAGAAAAUGAAACAACAAAAAAUGAUGAAAUAGAACAAGAGAAGCAGGAGAAAGAACAACAAAAAAAUAGAAAAACAAAGGAUGAAGAAAAAAAAGAAACAGAAAAAGAAAGUAUAAAAAAAGAAAGAACGGAAGAACGAGAAAAUGAUUUAACUGAUGGAGUGAAAGAAAUGAAAGGUAAAGAGCAGGGAAGACUUGAUGAAGAAAUGGAUAAAGGAAAAAUAGAAGAAGAAAAAUAUGAAAAGAAUGAUAAUGGGAAAGAAAUACAAGAAAAAGAAUCUGAAAAAAAAGAGGAAAUGGAAAGUCAAGAAAAUGAAGGAAACAAAAUAGAAUAUAAAGAGAAGGAAAAAGAAGAAAUAUUUAUAUGUGAAGAAAAAAAACAUAUAGAAGAACAGAAAGAGAGAGAAGAAAAUACUAGACAACAAGAUGUAGAAGAAAAAGAAAUUGACGACGUUGAACAAAAUUAUAAAAAAGAAAUAGAAGGAGAAAUAGAAAAUAUGAAAAAUAAUGAAAAAAAUGAACAGAAAGAAAUAAAUGAAGAAAAAGGAGAGAAUGAAAAAAUAGAAAUAAAGAAAGAUGAUAAAAUGAACGAAAAAAUCAUUGAAUUUGCUAAUACAUAUGAUGAGAAAAAAGAAAAAAAUAUGAUAAAAGAAGAAGAAAUAAAAAAGGAAAGUAAUGAUUUCCAAAUAGAAAAUAACAAAUUAGAGAGAAAUGAAAAUGAAAGUUUUACAGGUAAAAAUAGCCCAGUUGAACUAUGCAAUUUUGCAGACCCUUCAAAUGAGACAAAAAAUAAUUCUGAAAACAAUCCAUUAAAAAUAGAAAAUGAUAUUAGUACAAUUAAAUAUGAUUGUUCUAAUAGUAAAGUUCAAGUUAAUUCUAAAAUAAAUGAAGAUGGUGAUUCAACAAGUUCUGAAUCAACAAAUUUUAAUUUAUCUGUUAAAAAUAGUGAUUAUAAUAACGAUGCUCAUAAUAAUGGUAGUUUUCAAAAUUUUGACAAAAAUAUGGACUUAAUAGAAGAAAAAGAGAAUCUUUAUAAAAAUAUAGAAAAUAAUAAACCUAAUAAAAAUAGUGAAGAAUAA